AUGGAGCCCCCCCCCAGGGAAGGGGUAGGUGCGGGUCCCCCGCACCCCUCCCCCGACAUCGCCCUAACGCAUACGCCACCAGCGGCGUAUGCUACGCCGACGGGCGUUUUUCACGCGCCCGCCGCCGCCGUCUCCGCCGCUGCUGUCGCCGCUGCGCUCACUGCCGCCGAUGCCGUCGCCGCGGCCCCCGCCGCCGCAGUUUCGAACACCAACACGGCGACGACGACGACCGCAGCGGCACCUAAUGUAACUGCCGCCGUCACCGCCGCCGCCAUCACCACCGCUGCCGCCACCGCGGCCAACACCGUUGCCGCCACCGCCGCCGCCACUUCCUUCGCCGCCGCUGCCGCCGCCGCCGCCGCUGCCGCCGCCGCCACCACCGCCGCCGCCAGCGCCGUCACCCCGGCCACCGACGCCUCCGCGGCAGUCAGGACCGCCUUCGACGCUACCGCCGCCCUCGCCGCCGCAUCCACACCCGCGCCCCUCGCGUCCCUGUCCCCAAAGGGAUGGAUGAAGAGGGACGCGGAGAUUCUCGUUCGGCUAGUCAAGGGGAACUGGCUGUCGCCGGGGUUGGCCCAAUGGAUGGCCGUAUACUUGCGCCUCCAAGAAAAUGAGGUGCGGGGGGUCGCCCCGUCGGUCGCCGACCUGACGGCGUUGGACUCAGCGAGGCGGGGGGUGAUUGCACUCCCCCCCGUCGAUAUGGGAACGCCGAGGGGGAGGGUAAUUACCUCCCUCCUGAAGAGGCCGGCCAGCCCAGAAGAAGAAGGCCAAAAGAAGAAGCCGCGCGCCAUCAACAUGGGGGAGGAGGAGUCCCGCUCCUCCACGCAGGAGCCGUCGUCGUCGGGGUCUAUGGCGGACCUGACGAUGACGGAAGCAAGCCGCCGCCCCCUGCAGCGCGCGGCCACAAUGGCGUCGGAGCGCGGCUCUGAGGCCGCCGCCGCCGCCGCCGCCGCCGCCGCCGCCGCCGCCGCCGAUGCAAUGAUGAAGCCUCCGCCGGCCGGAAGAUCAGCGAUCCCGAGAUGGCAGUCCCGGGACCCGCGCCGCGCCCAAGCGGGGGCGGACUCAAAUCGCGCGCCCGCCCACGCGUCCGCCCAGGCGCCCGCCCAGGCAGACGUCCGCCCGCCUAACCAGGCGCCCGCCCAACCAGCCGCCCGCCCGCCCAGCCGGGCGCCCGCCCAACCAGCCGCCCGCCCGCCCAACCAGGCGCCCUCCCAACCAGCUGCCCGCCCGCCCAAGCGGCUGCUCGCCCGCCCGCCCAUGCGCCCGCCCAGGCCCCCGCCCUUGCGCCCGCCCACGCGCCCGCCCAACGCGCGCCGCCCUCGCUGGCCGCUCCCGCGAAAAGGGGCACAACGGGGAGCGGUGCCUCGCGCCCCGCCCACCACCUCAACACCUGCCGCCUCCAGUUCGACCACAGCAGUGGCCUCCUCUGGAACCGCAGCCCUCGCAGCCACCGCCACCGCCGCCGCCGCCGCCGCUGCCGCCUCAGCCGCCCCGCCGACGGCACAAGCGCCCCGGGAGCCGCGCUACCCAAGGAUCUGUGUGGACCACCUGCCCAACUGGGUGGUCCAUUUCAGGGAAAUUAGCCGACUGCUGGGACGCUCGCCGGCCGCCGUCGCACGCGGAAGAGGCGUGCACUUUACGCCAAAGGACGGCAACGAAUAUAGGACAGUCCAGAGGUAUAUCAACACUCUGGACGUCCAAUGGCACUCAUAUUCGUUGCCGUCGGACCGUCCCUUGAAGGUGGCCAUCCGCGGGCUGCCGCCCGACACGGAGGAGGCCGCGCUUAAAGAAGACCUGGAGGAGAAGGGUUUCACCGUGGAAGCCAUCAAAGCCAUCCGGGGCAGGGGAGAUCGCCCCGGAUGUGUCUUCUUCGCCCUCCUGGCCAGAACACAGAACUGCCAGGAGGUAUUCACGGUUAAGGAAAUACUUCAUUGGCCGACCCUGAAGGUGGAGGCGUGGCCAGGGCCCAGUGCCACAGAUGCCAGUUGUUCCGACACUCGUCGGUCAACUGCCACCGAGCAACCGUCUGCGUGCGCUGCGGAGGGCCCCACAAGGCCACGGACUGCGAGCGGCCAUUGGACCAGCCCGCCACCUGCACCAACUGCGGUGGACCGCACCCGGCAAAUCAUUCUUCGUGCCCGGUGCUGCGGCGCGAGGCCAGAAACAGACGGGCUGGCCCGGUCGCUCGCAGCGGAACCGCCCCCACGCCACAAAACACCACAACCGAAGCAGCAGAGGCCUCACUGA